UGACAGAGAACCUUAUACGGUGUCCUACAAAAGGACUCUGCUCAACUCCUCGAAACUGCAGGUACCACAACUCAGCACUUAAAAUGUCCAGAUCUUGCCCCUCGCAGAUAUGCGAUGAUUUUCGGGACAAAUUAUGCGCUGUUCACAGAUACGGAGGACCGUCUUGGAAGAACACUAAGGCUGACCAGUGGUGUUCCAGCCAUUGGCAAGUUGCCAAAUCUUUUAUGCCACCUGACGGCUACCAAGAUGUUUCCACGUUUGACGAGACAGAUUUCAAUGGCAUCAUAAGCUUCAUGAUUAACUGUACAGAGAUCCAACGAAGCGUUUCCUUCAAUAUCACUAACCAACCCAACGUUUUAACGACGGCCCGGCAGAUUGGACGAAGUAUUCGUCAUUCUCCAUAUUUGAAAGUAACAGAUAACGACUUAGCUGACUAUUUUGCCACACUGAAUACACUUCUAACAGACUCAAAAUAUCUUGCUAGUGACAGCAAUGCCCAGCAAGCUGUAAUUAAACUAAAAGAGCUUGAAAAAGACACUCUUUCAAUGUCGUUCGAAGAUGUCCAUGAACUACUUGAAAACGCCAAAACGACAAUAGAAGUUGGAAAGCAUGAAUUUGUGAUGUCCCUGGAGACAGGAAAGCAAGAUAUACAGGAUGUGGUGACGGGGGGUAUAAGAGCCGUUGAGACUGGAAAACGUGAAAUAGAAUCGACGGUGUCGGAUGGUAAAUGUUGGAUUGAUACUAAAAAACGUCAACUAGAAGAGACGGUUUCGAAGAGAACAACAAUGGACGCAACUCGAAAACGUGAGUUAGAAGAAUUGUUGUUGAAGGGUAACACUGCCCUUGCAAAAGGAAAAUUUGAAAUAGAAGAGGCAGUGUCGAAGAGUAACAUAGCCAUUGAAACUGGGAUACGGGAAAUGAAAGAGACGUUGAUGGAGAGUAAAACAGCUAUUGCAACUGGAAAACUCGAAAUGGAAGAGACGUUGAUGGAGAGUAAAACAGCUAUUGCAACUGGAAAACUCGAAAUGGAAGAGACGUUGAUGGAGAGUAUAACAGCUUUUGCAACUGGAAAACUCAAAAUGGAAGAAACGUUGAUGGAGAGUAAAACAGCUAUUGCAACUGGAAAACUCGAAAUGGAAGAGACAAUAUUGGAGGGAAAAAUAUCGAUCGAAACUGGAAAACGCGUUAUUGAAGCGACUGCUUCAGAGGCCGUGCAGAGAUUAACAGACGUUUCAUCCCUGUCAAACGUAGUACGGACGAAAGAGGUCACACGUAAGAUAAAGAUAAGUUUAUAUGGCAGAGGAAAAAAAGACAAAAGGAAAACAGAAGUCGAAGAUCUACGUAUAAGGCUUGCCAAGUACUACAAGAAACACCUCAACAGCGCGCCCUUAUCCCCUCUGCUUUCGGACAAGGAUGAGCGACUAGACACGUUUUACGUCCCUCCGAAGAUAUUCGAGGUAGACCACAGAAAAAUUGGUGCAAUUCAGACAGAAGAGAGAACACUUGUAUUUUCUUACAGAGAAUUGUUUUGUAAAAGUGAUGAAUUCAUGAAAAAAGUGUUUAUUGUCGGCAAAGCCGGCAUGGGAAAGUCAUCAUGUGCCGCAAUGUGUGCAAUAAAAUGGGCCAAUCAGUUCUCAUCAACUGAUACAAGGAUCAACAAUGAUGAAAAUACUUCACAUCAAAAGACAGCCCAGAACAACUCUUUUGAAGAUGAUACAUUUUAUAGGAAAAUUGAUUUCUUAUUUCACCUCACUCUAAGAGACAGCUGCAAACUCUGCAACUUGACAGAUAUGAUACAAGAUCAGCUUAUCAACGUAAUUUACCACCAAGAUGAGAGGGCCACUGCGUAUCUAACUAUGCGUACUGUCUUUUCCAACCACAGGUGCGUUAUCAUAGCAGAUGGUCUGGAUGAAUGGUCUCAUCCUAAUGAAACAAACUGCGGCUGGUCACAAGCUGACAAAAUAGUCCCUCAUUUACCACCAACCAUAGAUGCAACUGUGGUGUUUACAUCACGACCCUGCAGAAUGUCACAACAGCGAGUUAAAGACACGACCAUUGACAAAUAUUUAGAAAUAGAGGGUACUACAAAUAUAGAGUUACUGAUUCAGAAAACAUUAGACAGUCUUAAUAAAACAGCUACAGAAAAGAAAUGCAUGUUUGAAUUCCUCGGGUAUGUUAACAGAAUGAAACUCGAACGACUGUUAGAGGUGCCUUUUAUAUCAAUGUUCCUUGUCUGUUUAUGGUUUGAAGGAAGUCUUAAAUCAUUUUCUCUGUGUAACAUAUACGCAUACAUUAUUGACAUGAUAUGUGCACGAAAACCUUUUCCUGAGCAAAUAGAACCGCAGAAAUAUAUAUCUUUUCCCCAAUGUUUCCAACACACAGAAUAUGUACAAAGGUACUACAGCACGGUUAUGGAGAUGGCAAAACUUGCUUUUACGACUUUAUUUUCGAACGACCAGACAUCGCCGUUGUUGUUUAGGAAAAUUGAUGGUCUGUCGCAUGUUAAUCUCGUGUUUCUUCUGAAGUCGGGAAUCUUAAAUGAAACAAAAACAGCGUCUUCGAUUAGAAAGUCUUCCAGUUAUUCGUUCAUCGACAAAACUGUUCAGGAAUUCCUUGCUGCGAUAUACAUGUCACACCAUCCAAAAGAAAUUGAUAGAGUUGUAAAACCUUUUUACCUGAAGAGCGGUGAUACGUCGGCAGUCUCACAAGUUUUUAUUUUUCUGUGCGGUCUGAACAUUGAGUCAGCAAAUGAAAUGUCGGCCAUGAUAUCGAAGAGUAUUUUUACCUACAAUGACGGGAUCAUUGUAGAUGUUGAUGAGACUCGAACUCAGUGUACGAUAACCCCUAGUUAUAAGUCCAUGUAUAAUGAUGACUUACAUAAAGCAAAGUAUCGAAUUCGGACAGAGCGAGGACGAGAGUUUAUGCGCAUAUACGGGCAAGUUUGAACAGUUUGAC